AUGAAUAACUCGGCCAAAGGCGUAAAGUUCGUCGGCUCUGACGCUUCAGGACUGCCAUUGAAGCGGAAGCAAGUUCAGCAAGCAUGUGAUUCCUGUCGCAAGAAGAAGAAACGAUGCAUCCAUGCCGAGCCACCAAACUCGGAACCCGGUGAAGCGGCUGGGGCAUCAUCGCCCAGUAAUGAUGGCCCAGGCUCAGGGUCGCCCACGAAGCAACGUAAUUCGACAUCAGCUGCUCCAGAUGCCGGCCUGAUCCUAUCCCCUUCCCGUCGGGAAUCCGACGCGAAGACGGACGCCCACGGCGGUCAGACAAGAUUUGUCGGUGACCUUAACCCGGAAGGCAUGUUCACCGAGGCCGCCGACUCGGAAUCAAUAGCCAACCCAACGCAAAAAGCCGAAGUUGGCGUCUGGCUCCCAUCUGGAGAUACAUCUUCGGGCCAGGCCUCAAAUAGCGUGGUGUCUCGGCCGGCCGCCAUGAUCGACAAGGUACUGCUGCCUUUCGUCAAGCAGAACUGUCUCACUUGCGUUCCCCCAGAGAAAGACUUCAAGCACCUCCACAGGGUCUACCGCGAGAAGAUCCACCCCAUCUUCGCACUCGUCCCUGAGGACCUUUUAGUCGAUGGGGAUUCACCGGCGGCAAUCGUCAUGCGGCAAGUUGUCUCUUUGGCGGCUGCUUCCGACCCAGAGAUGAAGAGUCAUCUCCGCCUUGCAAACCAAGGGAACAGGAAAUUGCCCUACCAUGACUUCCAUCAGCACCUUUCUGGUUCAAUCCGGACAAUCCUGGAAACGAGUUUGAUCACGGACCGGACAAUUCACAUUCGUGCACUUUGCAUGUUGUCCCUGUACGUUCAGCCGUCAGGAGCUGACGAGGCGGAUUUGCCUGCACAACUUGGCGCUAGGGCAGUUCACCACUCACAGACUCUCGGUCUGCAGCUUUUCCACACCAGUGACGAUGCUCUAGAUACCCUUUUUUGUGCCGUUUGGGCGCUUGAUCGCAUCAACGCCGCUGCUUACGGACGGCCGUCUGUCAUUCACGAACGAGAUAUUGGUCCCGGCCUUGAGGACUGCUUCCGGAGGCAGGCUCCGUGCUUCCGCCUCUUCCUCUCCGUUGUUCAGUGGUUAGACAAGGUCAUUGAAUUAUAUCGUCCCGGAGUUAUCGCACAAUCUCUAGAGACGAAACCAUUCAUCGACCUUCCUGUCUUGGAGCCGAUGAUUCUCGAGGCCGGGGCGUUGCAGGUCCCUACUCCUCUACUUGCAACGAUCGAGGUUUUCUACCAUGCCGUUAUUAUUCUAUCAUGUCGUCUGCCCAGGCCCGGCCCGCCAUCGAAUUAUGCCCAGAUAAUACCGCCGGCAUCGGCCAAUGCACGUCGUUCUCUCGCCGCUGAGCGCAUCUCCUCAGCUAUUCGACGAGAUCAUCUCAGCCCCGUGCCUCUCGUCCCGUACGCCCUUUCUCUUGCUCUGAGUGUCGAGUACCGCAAGAUGCGUCACAGCGCCCUCCCCAUGUUCCGUACGCGGGCUCGAGGCGCAUUCAAGUCCAAUUCGGAGCUUAUGAAGCGCUUCGGAGACGUCUUCUGGAGCGCCAAAGUGGUGGCCAGCUUGGGAGAACGCAUUCUUAGAGAGAUGGAGCGAGCUGCCACUUCGCUUGCGGCGGGGGCUGCAGUACCACAGGUUUCCCAAGCAGACGUGUCUGCCAAUGGAAGAGUCGAGGAUCUUAUGGCUGCGCCAGCGGCGCAAGAUGCCGUACCUCAAGUUCCUCUGGCGACCACGACAUCUGCGUUUCCCAAUCUGGACACUUUCGACUUUUCGGCCGUUGAUGCUAUUCCGCACGUGGACGUUUUUGGUCACUUUGACCCAAACUUUAAUCUUCCUGCGGUCGACAACGUGUUGGAAGCGAACCUAGAUAUCGGAAUGCCUCUCAACUGGAGCGAGUGGGACCAGUUCACCGGUUGA